AUGCCAAAUAUUGAAGAAUCGAUUGAAUCAAAGUUUUCUGUACUUAAUGAACUAAAAGAAACGAAAAAAGGCAUUGAAGAGUUUAUAAAAACCUUCGAUAUGUACAAAUCAGAACAAGAUGAUAUAAAUAAUCAGAUAAAUGAUUUAAAUAAAGAGUUAAAAAAUUAUGAUAUGAUAGAUUAUUUAUAUUCUAAAUUAGAUUGUAAUUUAGUAAGCCUUAACAUUGUUAAUAAACUUAUACAACAAGUCAAAAUAUGUAAGAAUGAGAUUAUAGAUGAUGAUUAUUUACUAAAAUGUGAGGUAAUUUAUAAAUAUUUGGUCGAAGAAGGUUACUUUUUUAUUAGAAAAAUUCUAAAUAAGAGUGUUGAUCUUUUAUACAUGAAUAAUGAUUUUGUUAUUUUUACUAAUUUAAUGGGAAAUGAUACACAGAUUAAACAGUUUAUUCUUUGGCAACGAAGUCAGGAAUGUUACAAAAAAAAAUCUUAUUACAAUGGAGAUCUAAAUGUUUUUUACAGAAUGAUGGUAAAACAAGAGUGUUUUGUAUGGUCUAAGUUAUUUUACGAAGAUUUUUUAAAAACAGUAAAUAGUCUAAAAAAUGAUAAAACAUUUACUUUAUAUGAAAAAUUUUUAUAUUCGAUUUUACUGCCUUAUUUUGAAGAAGAAGAAUACAUCUCUAUUACAGUAGUAAAAAAAGAGAUAUGUAUUGAUGACUUUUAUCGUUCUGUAGAAAUACAAGACUUAAUUUAUGAUCUAGUUUUACAGAAAUGUUACAGGAUGUACACAGGAUACAAACAUAAAGUAAUGGAAAUAUAA